AAAUGAGGGUAAUUGAAACUAACAAUAGUUUGACCAGAUAAAGAGUUUGAUAUUGGACAAAUUCGUAUCACAACCAUUCCAAUUAUAUUACAAAGAUGAAGCCAGUUGUGUCUACAGGUCAAGCCUACUGCUGUACUGUGUUGUCGGCAUUUGCUAUUGUUAUAUUGUCAUUCAUUGGUUAUUUAUUUAAAAUUGGACAUGAGUCCAUGAUGGGUUCAAUUGAUGAUCCUGAAAAUGGUGAAGAAGUGGCUAAGACUGUGUUUGGAGCUGUGUUUGUUUACUUGGCUUUCUUCGUAUUCUGUGGUUUACAAGUAUACUUGAUUAGAAGACAAGAUAGAAUCCAAUUGUGAAAUGGGUGAUGCUGUGUUCAUACUCCAAUCAAUCCCAUAAAAAUCAUCCCAAAAUCUUCUUCAACCCAAAGUCAUUUUAUUUCAAUUCUUUCUUUACAAUGUUCAUUUUAUCAUAAUUUU